CGGAUUUUUUUCCUUUUAAACUACACGGUUUUCUACCAAAAUUAGGGUUAUAACUAGAAUUAUUAGAGUUAUAAAUAGAAAAUAUUAGGGUUAUAUGCGCAGCUGUUUUUUUGGGGUGUGCUCGUAUACUUGAUACGAUCAGGGCUUAUGACGAUGGUUGUUCCUGUGUUCGAUGGGACUCAUUAUGAGUGUUGGAGCGUAAAAAUGAAAACCUUUCUGAAGGCUAUCGAUCUAUGGGAUGUCGUGGAGACAGGAAUAGUUCAACAAGAGGAAAUUUCAUCGGCAUAUCAAAAAUUUGAAGAAGGUUAUGCAUCGUCAUCAUCAUCCACUGCUUCAGCCUCGUGGAUACAAUGGAUGGAAAUGAAGGACACAACAGCGCUUCAUAUGAUCCAAAACGCAUUAACCUUUGAGAUUUUUCCGUGGAUAGCUUCUGCUACAUCAUCAAAGGAGGCAUGGGAGAUUUUGUCAGCGAAAUCACUAGGCGGUCCUAUGUAUCAAGCUAGAAAACUUCUUAAUCUCAAGAAAGAGUAUGAUGAUAUGAAAAUGAGCGACACGGAAACAGUUCAUGAAUUCACUGGGAAGGUAAUGGAACUUGUGUUUCGUAUGAGGUCUUGUGGAUGGGAGAUCGAAGAUAAAGAAGUGGUGGACAAGAUUCUUUCCUCUUUGCCUUUAAGGUUUAAUGAAGCGUUGGUCGGAGAAGCGGAAACGCUUUCUAUUUGCGAUCUUAUUGAUUUCUUGCUGGUGCAUGAAUACAAUUCGGCUCAAGAAUCUGUAGAAGAAUCGGUCACUGGUGUGGAAAAAAGUCACGGUGACGAACGUGAAACGUCAAACUCUUCGGAAAAUGUCACUCAAAGCAAACGGAGCAUCAGAAAGGUUAAAGUCUCCCAAGUGCCAUUGACGGAAAGACGGAGAAAAGAGGAGUGGGAAGUAAAAGUUUUUCUUGUGAUUUCGUUUUUCGUUUUGGUCUAUCUUUUGUUAUGACCGAAGGUUUUCAAUUAAAUGCAUGAUGAGAAAGAGAAAAAUAAUACUAGGUUUCAGUCAAGUUCUUUGUAAGUUUGGGUUGUAGCAAAUUUGCAUCAUGUUAGAGAAUUAGUUGAGGGUUUGUCUCCCUGAGAGACAUUCCGGUGAGUAGUACUGUGAUGUGAUUGCUCGCUGUCCAGAGUAAGUAGAGCGUUUGUUUUGCCACUUGAUGGGAAGAAAGCAUUCGUUUGUUUUGGUGUUUGACUUUA